AUGGUAUCGUCUAAUAUUCCUCCUACUGUUAGCUUUGCAAAUGGUCAAUCAGUAACCAAUCAUUUUAAAGCCUUUAUCAAUUUUAUGAAUGUCCAAUCCGAAGUUUACGCAAACCUGCCUUUUGCUAUUUAUUACUCCAAGAGCCAAUACAAGACUUUAACAUAUUCUACUGUUGAUAGGCUAUCGACAAAUCUUGCUUGCAAAUGGCAUAAAGAUCUUCAUGGCAUAGAUGUUGUUUCUUUUAUUGGUGACCACAGCGUGGAUUAUCUGAUAGUAAUUCUGGCUGCAAUGAAGUUGCGUGUCACGCUGAUGUUAAUUUCUCCUCGUAAUUCAAACAAUGCGGUCAUUAACUUGUUAGAGAAAACAAAAUCAAAGCUACUGAUUGCCAACAGCAAAUAUCAAACUAAGGUCAAUUGCAUCGCUGAAGAAGUCCCGGAUAUCAAGGUUCUUGUAAUCGAAUCUAUGGACAUUGAUAAGUUGGUUGAGGAACCUUUGAACCCCGAUCAAGAGGUGUUGAUGAAUCAGAAUUUUACGGAGGAAGAUAUUAAAAAAUCCGUCUUAAUCCUUCAUAGUUCUGGAUCUACAUCGCUCCCUAAACCUUUAUAUUUCAGCAAUCAAUACCUUUUCAAUUUAUUCAACUACUAUAAGCUGGAUAUUAUCACUAGUAAAUUGGGUGAAUUGGAUGAAACAGAUACUUGUCUCAGCUGUGUUCCAAUCUUUCAUACCUUUGGAUUAUUUUCGGUUUUUACUAUGAGUACCUUUGGUGGAAAAAUUGUCUUUUUGGAAAAGCUUCCAGUCUCACAAAAUGAGAUCCAGUUUGCUCUCGAAUAUAAUACAUGUACUCUUAUGUGUGCUCCCCCUAUUAUUUAUGCGGAAAUGGUCCAUCACGUAAAGGAAACCAAAAAUUACGCUAAUAUUCGUCGACUUAAACUCGCUUUAUUCGGCGGGGCCCCAUUCAAAAAAGAGACUGGCGAAUGGCUUCAUAAACAUAUGAAUAUCAGAAACUUAUAUGGCUCCACUGAAAUGGGUAUCUUUAUGACCUCUGAUGUAAAUCCUCUGAGUGAUAACUGGAACUCGCUAGCACCUUAUCAAAUUGAUCCAACUGCUCCCGCUUAUGCUCAACUCGAAACAGAUGAUCAGUCAUUUCCUGAUAAAAAGCACCUUUACAUUCGCGCUGGUUGUCCAACUCUAGCCACUAAUGUUUGCAACCGCCCUGAUGGGGGCUAUAGUUCAAACGAUCUUUUUAUAGAGGACCCAAAUUAUCCAGGGUAUUAUUGCUACGUCGGACGACGUGAUGAUAUCUUGACAAUGCAGAAUGGCGAAAAAACUAGUCCUAUUCCAAUGGAGUCAACUAUCAGACAAUGCUCUUUGGUCAAGCAAGUAGUAGUUCUCGGAGAAAAUCGUCUUGCCACCGCUGCCCUUAUUGAAAUUAAUAUGGAUUACGCAAUUUGUUACGGACCUGAAGAAAUAAUUUCUAUUGUUCACGCUGCUGUCAAAGAUGCCAAUAAAGAAUGUCCAAGCCACAGUACUAUUCUCCCACAAAUGAUCAAAAUUUUGCCUUUCAACAAGACAUUACCUUCUACAGAUAAAGGAACUGUUGUACGUAAACAAGCUGAAGCUGAAUAUAUUGAGAUUGUUGAAGGGCUUUACAAGGAGUUUAUGGAAGGCUCAUCCCGAAGUACAGCCAAUAGCAAAAUUUCAACCACCUGGACUAAGGAAAAAGCAGAAGGGUUUCUUACAAAUUCUCUUGCUGAGGUGCUUUGCCUUCCGGAGUCAUACUUUAAAGACUGCAAUAAAUCCAUGUUUGAUUACGGUCUGAAUUCCCUCACUUCGGUCCAGCUGUGUAACCGAAUCAGCGAGUAUUUCGGCGAUGUUCCUCAAAAUCUUGUCUUUCAAUUUCCAACCAUACAAUCCUUAUCUAAAUAUUUAUUGAGCGGGGUCAAUGAGGAUACCGCAUGCUUGAUCGAAAUGCGUUAUCGACAGACACAGGAUCUGGCAAAUGAAUAUAUCAAGAAAGCAAGCAUUGAUUUCCCUAUUGCAAACGGUAUAUACAGUAAUAAAAGCAACAAGGUCAUAAUGUUGACUGGAGCUACUGGAUCUCUUGGCUCUUUUAUGCUGCGUAAUUUAUUACAAGACAGCUCUGUUAAAAAAGUAUAUGCUAUAAUCCGUGGCGAAAAAGAUAUCCUAAUGGAUCGACUCUUCAAAUCUUUCAAAGAUCGAUCGUUAGAUACGUCUCUCUUAAUGACCGGUCGUUUAGAAGUUUUACCUAUGAACUUCAAUGACACGUUUCUUGGAUUUGGCAAAGAUAAAUACUAUAAACUUAAACAGGAAGUUACUAUCGUACAACACUGCGCCUGGCUACUGGAUUUUAACAUGUCAAUCGAACAUUACAACAAAGAAUGUAUUGCUCCUUUCUACAAUCUUUUAAAAUUUGCUUUCAAUCAAGUAAAUCCAAUGCAUAUGCAUUUUGUAUCAAGUGUUUCUGCAAGUGCAAACUACGGUGAUGCUGUGCCUGAAGACCAUCUACCUUUGGAUUCUCACGUGUGUAUGCCAAUGGGAUAUGCACAUUCAAAAUUUGUUGUUGAAGUUUUAUUGGGCUUCCUGAUUAAAGAAAAAAACUUUCCUUGCUAUAUUGAGCGACUUGGCCAAGUUUGUGGUGACUCCAUCAAUGGUAUUUGGAAUACAUCUGAGCAAUAUCCUUUGAUGUUUAUAGGCGGUGGAUCUGUGAUGCAUAAAAUGCCAGUUUUAGACGUAGUCAUAGAUUGGAUUCCCGUUGAUCAUGCUGCUACAUCAAUUACUGACAUCAUGCUUCGCACUGCUGAUUUAGCAGCCAAUACAAAUCAGUCUGUCUAUCACAUUGUCAAUACUCGCACAAUACCAUGGAAUAAUAUACUUCAAUUUUUAAAAGAAGCAGGCAUGUCGUUUGAUACAGUCACACCCUCCGAAUGGAUUGAAGAAUUACAUAAAAAUAACGAUAAUCCAGCAUAUACAUUGUUAAAUUACUACGAGCAGAAUUUCAACGAGUCAUUUAAAAUGCCUAUUUGGGAAACUAGAAAGACAGCUUCCCUAAUUCCAAAUAUUAAGAAGACCCCUAUUGUCGAUGCAAGCUCGUUUAUCAAACUGUUAACAUACUGGGAAUCCGUCGGGUUUUAUGAUCCUUUCCUCUAA